UCUAGGUCUGAAAAGUGAAAGCUCGCUCGGCAAGCGCGGCGUUCUCUUCUCUGCUCCGAAGUAACUGCCAGUUGGGCUUCCGCUCUUGGGGAAGCGCAAUGUCUCAUUGAGCAGUUGCCGCCUUCGACACUUUUUCGGGAAUCUCACCGUUUAGUUGUGCCGUGAUCCUCGUAUCGAUUUAUGUUGUCACUUUUGGUCCUUGGAUUCCCACUGCAUAAUCUCUGAAUCUCAUUUCCUGGGAAGGGUUUUUUUAACUGUUGUUCGAUCCAAAGAAGGGCCUGUAAUCUCAGCUGUAGUGAGUACGAUGCAAAUUUCAAAGUAGCGACUGGCUUGAUUCAUCAUUGGAAAAUUUUCCGUUUUGUGCGAAGUGCAAGUUGUUCUUGGGAAUCAAGAUGAUCGCUGGAAGGGACUUGGGUCUUAUUUAAAUCUAUGUUGUCAGAUCUCUGAAUAUGAUGAUGGCUAAGAGUAAUAGGUUCUCUGGAGGUUAUUACGGCAAUGCAGUAGAGAUAGCCGAUGAAUCAGAGGGGUCUGGUAGCUCUGGACCAAUAGAUACUGAAAUAACGGUUUCGGAGAACUCAAGUGUCCCUGCGAGGAGAUGUGUUAGUUUAAAUUCAAGUCACUGUGACAAUUUUGGUGUUCCCAUGCAAGUUCUUCGGUUGUCAGAUAUAACACCCCUUGAAAGAAAGGAUCUGGUGCUUAGGUUGAGAUCAGAGCUUGAACAGAUUCAGCGACUUCAGAAGAAAGUUGAGCUACAAAGAACAAAUGCUGUUGCGUUGUCAUCAACCAGUGAUAUUCUUAGCUGUAGUAAUGGACAUAACAGGCCUCAAUUAGAGAAGUCCAGAAAAUCAUUGGCUCCUAGUUCUGUUUCAGGGAAAAAAUUGAAUCCAACAGGUCAGAAGCCUCGUGGAUGGAACCGGGGUUCUUCUGGGAAGUUUGAGCCUGCACCACAGACACAGACCACCUGUUCACCAACAGCUGCAAAUACCUUGUUGAUGAAACAGUGUGAGGCACUUUUAAAACGAUUGAUGAACCACCAAUAUGCUUGGGUUUUCAACACACCUGUUGAUGUGGUGAAGUUGAAUCUCCCAGAUUAUUUCACUGUUAUUAAGCAUCCUAUGGAUUUAGGAACAAUAAAAAGCAAGAUAGCUUCAGGUGCAUACUCUGGUCCUUUGGAAUUUUGUGAGGAUGUAAAACUUACAUUUUCAAAUGCAAUGACCUAUAAUCCACCUGGUAAUGAUGUCCAUGUCAUGGCUGCUACCCUUAGUAAAUAUUUUGAAGUGAGGUGGAAAGCGAUUGAGAAGAAAAUUCCAAAAACCAAUGCUCAUCCAAUGCCAGUGAAAUCUUGCCUCCAUGAAGAUGUGGAAGCAGCUAGACCAAUGCCUCCUUCAAAAAAGAGGAAAAUCACAACAAUUCCCCAUUACCCUGAAGUUGUACCUCCUGUUAAGCGAGUUAUGACAGAUGAGGAGAAGCACAAUCUAGGCAUAGAAUUGGAGUCUUUGUUGGGAGAAUUGCCCGCGCAUAUUGUAGACUUCUUAAAAGAACACAGUUCAAGUGGUAAAGAAUGUGGAGAGGAUGAGAUUGAGAUUGAUAUUGAUGAUCUCAGUGAUGAUACGCUCUCCACUCUACGGAAGCUUUUGGAUGAAUAUUUGCAAGAGAAGCAGAAGUGCAAUGAAAAGGCUGAACUGUGUGAAAUAGAGUUGUUGAAUGAUUCUGGACCAAGCAAUUUAUCAUUGCAAGCGUUUAAAGGUGAUGACCUUGGUGAUGAAGACGUGGACAUUGGUGGAAAUGAACCCCCUGUCACAAGCUAUCCUCCUGUGGAAAUUGAGAAGGAUGCAACUUACAGAAUUAACAGACGUUCAAGUCCAGGAAGCUCCAGUGAUUCUAGCGGGUCUUCUGAUUCUGAGUCGAAGGAUGCUAAAACAGGUCUAGUAAGAGCAUCAAAGGUAGCAGACAGUUUGGGUCAUGGAGCUCAAUUGGAUGAAAAGACUCAGGUUAAUGAUACUCUAGAAAAGAAUCAACCUGUUGUUGGGUUGGACCCAGUUGAUGAUAGUUCUGAGCAGAAGCCAAAUUCUUUUGACUCAGACCAGUGUCGAGAUGGGGUUGUUGUAGGGGAUAGUGCUCCAAGACAGGUUUCUCCCGACAAGCUCUAUAGGGCUGCAUUAUUGAAGAACCGGUUUGCUGAUACUAUCUUGAAAGCUCGAGAGAAGACGCUAAUUCAGGGUCAGAAGGGCGAUUCUGAGAAAUUGCAUAGGGAAAGGGAAAAACUGGAGAUGGAGCGAAGGAAAGAAAAAGCAAGGCUACAGGCAGAAGCAAAGGCUGCUGAAGAUGCUCGAAAGCGGGCAGAAGCAGAAGCUGCUGCAGAAGCUCGGCGAAAGAGGGAGCUUGAGAGAGAAGCUGCACGGCAAGCUUUGAUAGAGGUUGAAAAGUCUGUUGAUGUGGUAGAGAGUUCUCGGGUUCUUAAAGACUUGGAAUUGCUUAGAGCCGCGCCUGCUGAACAACAACCGAGCUCUGUGGAUGAGACGAGCCCUGAUCACUCACAAGAUGGCUUGGGUAGUUUCAAGUUUGGAAGUAAUAAUCCCUUGGAACAACUAGGAUUGUAUAUGAAAGUGGAUGAUGAAGAGGAAUUUGGAGAGCCACCCUCUACUCCACAUCCCGUAAAUGAUGUAGAAGAGGGAGAAAUUGACUAAGUGAUGCUCGUCUUGUGACCCGGAUUGAAUUAUGGAUCAUAGUACUAAGCUAAUAAUUACAUUUAUUCCGACGAAAUUCUUUGAUUCUUUCAGUUCCCAUAAUGUAGUCAUCCAUCACGAAAGGGUCUGACUCUGAGCAUCGUUUUGGGUUGUCUUGGUAUCUGCUUUGGUUUAGAAAAAGCCGAGCAUCACGCUUUUCAGAUC